UAAUUUAUUGUGAUUCGCCAAAGCUAUCAGUCAUGUGUAUUUUUUUCUGUAUGAGCGGCGCCGUUUUAAAUUUUGCGAAAAAUAAAAUAUGAAUAAUGUAGACAAAAACUAGAUUAUUAAGAACUCUAACCUUUUUGUGACUCAUACCUAUAGUAUGAGAUAUCUUUUUUACUAAAUUGCAAUUUCUUUACAGCGUAAUAAUGGCACGUUUCCUGUCUCAAGAUAAAUUGGAAGGAUUUGAAAAAUAUAAGUAUAAUUCAAUCGACACAAGUGUGCUCAGUAAAUAUGUUAUGCACCCAUUUUGGGAUUGGUGUGUCCAGUUUUGCCCACGUUGGGUUGCGCCAAACCUGCUAACAUUUGCUGGAUUCUUACUGACAGUAUUAAACUUCCUGCUAUUUUCUUAUUUUGACUAUGGAUUUAAUGCUCUGACAAAAGAUAAUAAAACAGAUGAUUAUAUUCCAAGCUGGGUUUGGGCCUUUUCAGCUAUAAAUUUAUUUGUAGCAUAUACAUUAGAUGGUAUAGAUGGCAAGCAGGCCCGCCGGACGGGCACAAGCGGGCCCCUCGGCGAAUUAUUUGAUCACGGACUGGACUCCUACUCUGCUGUUCUUAUACCCACAUGUCUUUACAGCAUAUUUGGAAGGGAUGAGUUGAGCCCACUGCGGUUUUUCUUCGUAAUAUGGAACAUCUUCAUUAAUUUCUACCUCACUCAUUGGGAGAAAUAUAAUACUGGUGUCAUGUUCCUCCCUUGGGGCUAUGAUUUUACUAUGAUUGGAUCAUGUAUUCUCCUACUCGUUACAUCCGUAAUUGGGCCUCAGGCAUGGCACGUGGGACUCCCAGGUGGACUCACUCCAGGCAUCAUUUUUGAAGUCACACUUUACCUCUCCGCCAUGCUCACAAGCCAGACUGUUAUACUGUGGAAUAUAUAUAAGUCAUACAGAGAUAAAACCGGCAAAAUGCGCUCCUUUACUGAAACGAUUCGGCCAUUGAUUCCACUAGCUGUAUUCUUCGUGCUUAGCAGCAUCUGGGCUCUCUACUCACCAACAGAUAUAAUAAAUCGAGGCCCGAGACUCUUCUAUGUGCUCACUGGAACUAUAUUCUCAAAUAUCAAUUGUCGUCUUAUUGUAUCACAAAUGAGCGAUACACGUUGUGAUAUAUUCAACAGUCUUCUAGUGCCCUAUGCGUUGGUAAUGGCCGUUGUAUUCUACUGGAGAGUUUCGCCCAUGAGCGAACUUAUUCUCCUCAGCUCCUUAUGUCUGGCAUGCUCAUGGGCACAUAUCAACUAUGGUACUAAAGUGGUACGAGAAAUGUGCAAUCACUUCAAAAUAGCAUGUUUCCACAUAAAGCCAAAAAAUUAAUUUGUGAUUUUUAUCUUGUCUUGUCGUAGAUUAAUAGGCAAAUUUCUAGAUCUGACUUUGAUCUUAUAUUUUUUGAUGUCAAUGAUUCUUAUUAUGGUCAAUAAUUUAUAUUGAAUUCAGAGAAAAUAAUAUCUAAAUUGCUUUUAAUUGUAAUAGCCAUCCCAGAUGGCAUUGUCAUUGUUAUAAAAAUAUCAGAAAAACAUGUUCUCUUAAUACUUGAUUUAAAUUAUUGAUCAAAGUUACAAACUGAUGUUUCAUAUCCUAUAUUGUUAUAUACUUUGGAGUUUUUACAUAUUCCUACAUAAAUUUAUGUUUUUGAUGUGAUUUUGGUAAUUCAAAUUAUAGUGUUAUGUAAUUUAUAUGUUAUUCCAAAGAUAGUUAAGAUUUAAUAUGCAUUUUGGGAAUUCCUAUUCUAUAAUAAGCAAAGGUAUAUAUAUAUAUACCUCUAGUUAAUAAUUAUUGAAUUGUAUAGUUCAUAACUUAUGGCAAAUAUUUAGGUGAAAUGGUAAUUGUCAUUUCAAAUGGAUGAACUUGUCUAGUUAAAAAGUUUGAGUGCCCCAGACUUUAUUAAACAUAAUAUGUAUAUACCAUCUAAAAUAUUGAGUUACACUACAACAUGUAAAAUAAUUUGUUUUAUAUUUUACAACCUAAGAAUUUAUUUAAGUAAACACAAUGACAGCUACUAGUAUUUUAGUUUUAGUCAUUAUUAUUCUUUCAACACUUACAUCAUUGUUUCAAGCUUCUGAUACUUGAAAUAACCAUUUAUAUAAAAGGCAUGCAUAUAGCAAACAAUCAAGUAAUAUUAUCUAGUCUAUGGUUACCAAUCAAAAUUGUAUUUUAAAGUGGUAAAUAUGGUAGUGUGAAAAUUUAAGCUUUUACAAAUCUUGCCACAUUUUUUAGUUAAUUGUAAAAGGUGUAACUUUACCAAAAUAUUAUCUUAAUUGUAUUUUAAGUUGGUGUUAGUUCACCAUCUCUACAUGAACUUGAGUUGCCAGUACUGUGUAAUAUUUUAGAUUUAACUGGAAAGAAUGUAUAUAUUUUUCCAUUUGUUUGUGCUCAAGAUUCUGUACCUGUUAUUUUAAGUUUUCAUUGUACCUAAAAUUCUUUUAAAAACAUGCUUGUCAUAUAUUGUUUUAAUUAUAUAAACCUCUUAUUAUUAAACCUGCAUUUAUAUGAAAUAUAUUGUUUCACUUCCAGUCAUAAAUUCUGGUUUAAAUA